ACGGAGAGAGGCAAGAAAACGAAGUGUAGAGGAAGGGCAAUUGAUUUUAAAGACAGAUGAAGGAUAAAUUAAAGGGAAAAUAUAGAAUACGGACAAAAUAGCAACAAUAAGAACAAACGAUGUAUCAGUGACGAAGAAAGGGAGGCAGAUUAACUGGAAGAAGUGUGGCAAUAAGAAAGAGAGAGACAGGCGUACAGAAAGAGAGAGAGAGAGAGUGUCCAGCCAACAGCUGGAGCUAAGCUGAGAGUAAUGGGCUGUGCUCCUAGUAUCCAUGUCUCUCAAAGUGGGGUGAUUUACUGCAGAGAUUCAGAUGAAUCAAAUUCUCCACAUCAGACCACCACCAUUUCCCAAGGCACAGCAACAGUCCACGGCUUCUUUAUCAAGACAGAUGCUGCUGAAUCGCUGCCCUCUGUGUUGGCAUACCAGAGUCGUGCAACACGUACCUCUUCACGUCGAGAGAAAAAGGAGAACAGCAACUGCAUUGAAGCUGAGACCCAAACCAGCCACACCAGUGUUAAGGUUGCAUCUACAGAAGUACGUUUUGGACCCAUGAGACUGAUACAAGAUCCUUUUCAGGUUUUGCUUGUCUUUGGUAAAGAGGAUAGCCAGAGUGAUGGCUUCUGGUGGGCGUGUGAUAAAGCUGGAUACAAGUGCAACAUCGCACGGACGCCAGAGUCUGCACUGGAAUACUUUCUGGAUAAACAUCAUGAAAUUAUAAUCAUUGAUAACAGAUAUACCAAAUACUUUGAUGCAGAAGCUCUUUGCAGGUCAAUUCGAGCCACAAACCCUGGUGAAACCACAGUGAUUCUGGUUGUAGUUCCCCAGAUGUGUAAUGAUCAAGAGGAGACUUCUGUCUUGCCCCUUCUUAAUGCUGGCUUUAACAGGCGCUACAUAGAGAAUCCCAACAUAACCGCAUGCUACAAUGAAUUAAUUCAGUUGGAACAUGGAGAAGUCCGGUCACAAUUCAAGCUGCGGGCGUGCAGUUCCAUAUUUGCAGCCCUGGAACACUGCCAGGAGGCCAUAGAGAUUACAAGUGAAGACCAUAUCAUUCAGUACGUGAAUCCAGCAUUUGAACACAUGAUGGGUUAUCAAAGAGGGGAGUUAAUUGGCAAAGAACUUACUGAACUACCCAAAAGUGACAAAAAUAAAGUUGAUCUUCUUGAUACAAUAAAUACAUGUAUCAAAAAAGGAAAAGAGUGGCAAGGAAUUUACUAUGCAAGGCGGAAAGCUGGAGACAACAUCCAGCAGGAUGUUACGGUAACACCUGUGAUUGGCCAGGGAGGGAAAAUUAAGCACUUUGUGUCCAUCAAGAAACUGUGUAGCGAUAGCAAUAAGCAGAUCUAUAAUGUGCAGAGUGAUGAGAAAUAUACAGAAGAAAAUUCCCAAACAGAUUCGCAGUCAUUGAGACAUAAAGAUAGACGAAAAGGUUCCAUUGAUGUCAGAUCAAUAACAUCAAAAAGAAGUGAUGCUGGAAGUUCACAUAACCGACGACAUUCCUCAAUGGCCAGAAUUCAUUCUAUGACAAUUGAAGCUCCAAUCACAAAGGUCAUCAAUAUAAUUAACACUGCCCAGGAGAACAGUCCAGUAACAGUUGCAGAAGCCUUGGAUAGAGUACUGGAAAUAUUAAGAACAACUGAGCUAUACUCGCCACAGCUCGGCACUAAAGAUGAUGAUCCCCACACCAGUAAUCUUGUUGGUGGCCUCAUGACUGAUGGAUUAAGAAGAUUGUCUGGCAAUGAAUACAUUUUCUCCAAAAGCUGUCGACAAAUUGAGAAGACUGACGCACCUCUCUGGACUUCACUUGAUGGGCAGAUUGAAGAAGAACCAGACUUGCAGCAAAGUCACUGCCAUCUUGCCAUUCCAGUUGCCCUUGGUGAUGUACCACCUCAGGUGGCAGAAUUGCUUGCCGAUGAAGAAAACUGGGAUUUCAAUAUUUUUGAGCUGGAGGCUGUAACCAACAAGAGGCCCUUGCUCUACCUCGGCUUAAAAAUCUUGACACAGUUUGGCAUAUGCGAUUUUUUAAACUGUUCAGAAAUGACUCUAAGAUCAUGGCUACAAGUCAUAGAAACUAAUUAUCAUGCAUCAAAUUCAUACCACAAUUCAACACACGCAGCUGAUGUGUUGCAUGCCACAGCAUAUUUCCUUCGAAAGGACCGAGUUAAGGGGAGUUUGGAUGAGAUGGAUGAGGUUGCAGCGCUGAUUGCAGCCACAGUGCAUGAUGUGGACCACCCAGGUCGCACCAACUCCUUCCUUUGUAACGCAGGAAGUGAGCUUGCAGUCCUCUACAACGACACAGCAGUUCUGGAAAGUCACCAUGCAGCUCUAGCCUUCCAACUUACAGCAGGAGAUAACAAGAGCAACAUUUUUAAGAACAUUGAAAGGAAUCAGUUUCGAACUUUGCGACAGGCAAUCAUUGACAUGGUUUUGGCAACAGAGAUGACAAAGCAUUUUGAACAUGUGAACAAAUUUGUGAACAGUAUCAAUAAACCCAUGACAUCUUUAGAAGAAACCAGCUUAAAUAGUGAGAGCAGUGAUGGUGAGUGUCCUUCUGGUACAAAGAAUGCAAUGGAGAACAGACUGCUCAUUAAACGCAUGCUGAUUAAAUGUGCUGAUGUUGCCAACCCUUGCCGUUCAAUUAACCUGUGCAUUGAGUGGGCAGGGAGAAUUUCAGAAGAAUAUUUUGCUCAGACAGAUGAGGAGAAAUGCCAAGGUCUCCCAGUUGUGAUGCCAGUCUUUGACAGGAAUACCUGUAGUAUUCCAAAAUCUCAGAUAUCGUUUAUCGAUUAUUUUAUAAAUGAUAUGUUUGAUGCUUGGGACGCAUUUGCAAACCUGCCCAAUUUAAUACACCACUUAGCCGAGAACUACAAGUACUGGAAAGCUUUAGAUGAAUCCAAUUAUAGAGGUCUACGACCACCAUCUGACCUUUAAAGUAAGGUGAAAGGACAACAUCUUUCUCAUCAACCUCAUAUUAACUUGUGACUCAAGCCAUUAAGAGAUUCUAUUUUAGUUCAAGUGACUAUAUAUUACAAUGUAAUAUAAAUCCUAUACAAAGCAGGAAGCCUUGAUGUACAGUAUGCAGAAAAAUUGUGUUGAAUUAUCACAGCAGUGUCCCAACUACAGACAGAAUACCAUAGAUCUCUGAACUUCAAGACUGGCUUUCUCAUGUUGAAGAAGUUUUAGUGUCAUUCCAGAAGUAUAUAAUCACAGAGGAAAAGAAGUUUGUUGAGAAAAGCAAAUACAAAAACAUUUGUUUCUGUAAUAAUUAACCUAAAGCCAUAAAUUUACAUGCGAUUAUGCCUUUCGCUUACCACAUUGUUCUUUCCUUUAAGUUUCAGGUGUGUUCAAGAAUUAGGGACAAUAGUCUGAUGGUAUUUUUUUUAAUCAAUUUGACACUAUUUCAGAUGAAUGACAUUUGCAGCAUUAAGACAAGUGGUAAUGAUGGUUUACAUAUUCUAUAAAUAUUUAAUAGGAAAGAAACUAUUUCCUGGUGAAGUAACAAAUCCAUUCAACAAGGUAUUGUGAGGUGGAGAUCCAUUAAAUUAUGUCAUAGUGUAUAUAUUGAAUUAAUAUUUUAAGCUAAAACAUUGCCAAGACCUUUACUUGUACCUUCAACCAGGUUAGUGCGGUUGGAUUAAUUUUCUUUUCCAAAACCUGAUUAAAUGUACCAAACAUAAUAUUUCUGUAUUCCAUAAUAAUUUGUAGAAAUAAGCACUGAUGAUUUUUUCCCCGCAUCAUUCUCCAGUGCAGUAUCUGUAACUGUUCUCUAUUGUUCUGAACAAGAGUUUUAAACACAGUCACAUGAUAGUCAUGGAUGAGGGAAGAUAUUUGUCUCAUCAUUCAUUCAGACAUGAUGUCUUCAAAUGCACCACACAAAUAUUUUUUUAAUGAAUCCUGGUGUUUUACCUUCGUUAUUCCAUCAGAGUCUAUUUCCAUAUAUUGAUCAUGUGACAAAGCACUUACUGAUGCUAGUCACACAUUUAUCUUUUAUUUGUUUGAUCUGUGGCCAUUUGCCAAGUUCAUAUAGUUUAAAGAAAGCUUCUAGAUUUUAUUCUCACAAUCAAUUAACCAUUUUGCCAUCUAAAAUCUAUGUACUAUCACUUGUACUUUUUUUUACCCACUUUCAAGACUGAAAAUUCAAACCUCAUUCUUUUUUCAUGCCUUUGGCCACUGAUGCUAGCCAACAGCUGCAUACCUCUUCACUGCACUACCUCCAAUGCCUUCAAUAGCUCCUUUGUACCUAGAACUGGAAUGUUGCCAUGAUGCAGCCUGACCAGAGCACUGAGCAGUUGGAUAAUAAUUCCCUUCAAGUUGUAUUCUUUUAUGUUUCAGCAUUCCAUUGCUUUGUUGAUUGUUGCUGUGAUAUACAGAGCUUGACUCUGCUAAAACUCCCUAUAAUCCUACACUAUUUCAGUGCUAUUCACAAAUUACACACUCAUUUAUUCUUUGCAUCAUAAGUAGAAGCAAACACGUGCAUGCGGAAGUUGUUUCUCAGUUGCAUUGAUAGAAUGCUGCAGAGUCCGAUGUAAAUAUAUUAAUGUCAGCAGGACUUCUGUCAGUGAUUAAGUAGUCACACGUUUAAAGGAGUUCACAUUCUGGAAUCUGUUCCACUUAUACCUGUUAGAGUGGCCGCAUGAGGUGGUUAACUGGUCAAUGUGCUGCAAAUGCAUCUGCAAAGUGACACAACUCAUAAAUGAGAAAAACAAACACGUGGGACCAAAAAAUAAGAUUUUAGGUAAAGCAAGUAUCAAUCUCUAAUGUGAAACAUACAUAUGUAUGUGUGUACGUAUGUAAAUAGAAGAAUUGUAACAAAAUAUACAAUUGUUUAUAGAAAAUGCAGCAGUAAUUUUGUUCAUUACUGGGAAAAUAUGUGUAACAAUAAACAAUUUU